GGAAAGAGUACAUUCCCCUGCUCCCUCUGUGGUAAACAGUUUACCAAGAAAAGAAAAAUCAACAGACACAUGAGAAUCCACACUAGAGAGAAACCGUUCCCUUGCUCACUGUGUGGUAAAGGGUUUGCACAGAAAGGAAAACUCAACACACACAUGAGAAUCCACACUGGAGAGAAACCGUUCCCUUGCUCACUGUGUGGUAAAGGGUUUGCACAGAAAGGAAAACUCAACACACACAUGAGAAUCCACACUGGAGAGAAACCGUUCCCCUGCUCCCUCUGUGGUAAACAGUUUACCGAGAAAGGACACCUCAAGAUACACAUGAGAAUCCACACUGGAGAGAAACCGUUCGUCUGCUCACUCUGUGGUACAGCGUUUGCACAUAAAGAAAGCCUCAAGCGACACAUGAGAAUCCACACUGGAGAGAAAUCAUUCGUCUGCUCCCUCUGUGGUAAACAGUUUACCGAGAAAGGAAAACUCAAGAUACACAUGAGAAUCCACACUGGAGAGAAAUCGUUCGUCUGCUCCCUCUGUGGUAAACAGUUUACCGAGAAAGGAAAACUCAACACACACAUGAGAAUCCACACUGGAGAGAAACCGUUCCCCUGCUCACUGUGUGGUAAAGGGUUUACACAGAAAGGACACCUCAACACACAUAUGAGAAUCCACACUGGAGAGAAACCGUUCGUCUGCUCACUCUGUGGUACAGCGUUUGCACAUAAAGAAAGCCUCAACAAACACAUGAGAACCCACACUGGAGAGAAACCAUUCGUCUGCUCACUCUGUGGUAAAAGGUUUGCACAGAAAGGAACCCUCAACAAACACAUGAGAACCCACGCUGGAGAGAACCUGUAGAGACUCAGUCCUGUGUGUGUGUGUGUGUGUGUAUGUGCGUGGGAGAAGCUUCAUUGAGCAUCAUACAGAUGUAAGCAAACACGAGUGUGUCAGUGAGAGCAGCAGCAGGAGAUGCUUCAGAGUCAAUGCUGAUGUUAGAGAUGCAGCACAUCCCAACACAUUUUGUUACAUAUGUUGUGUUCAUACAGAGAGAAUUAGAGUUCCAGCAAAGUGGAUACUGUA